CUCUGUUGGCAGAGUCAUAUUUCCGAGGUCUCUGUAUUUGAUGUUCGUUUUGCUAAAUGCAUCAUAAUUUUGUGUGCUUCAGUGACAAGAAACAAAUGAACAGUAUGUUUCCAGAUUUCUGUUAUAUAACAAUGUUUACUUACAUAGUGAACUACAUAGUGAAAGUCCAUAGUCUGCAUUGACCAGGGAAACACAUACAGAUAACAGAGUGCAACUGUUCAGCUGUGACCCAGAAUAACAGACAGUCACAUGUGUAGUUCAGACCACAGAGACUCCUGAGCUGCUGAUGAGAAGAGACUCUUGUGUUCGUCCAAGCUAUUUGGAUUUUAUGCUCUAAACUUCCUUUAUUGCUUCCUUGAGGUGCUCGGUGGAGACGAGCGCUGCUCUCACCAUUCAUUUUUUGCUCCGUUUGUUUCGAGAAAAGGAGGUCAGGAGGGAUGGAAACGGUCUGGAACAGGUGAUUUUCAGCAUUCAGACAAACGGGUGUGUUAGGACGCGCCUCACUCAUCAUCACUGGGCAGCCCAUGCACAUGCAUGACACCAUGGGUAGCUCCCCCGAGGUGCUGUCGUGGACUUCCUGCCCCAGUCUGCUGGUGGGCAAGCUGAAGGAGGAGCUCAAACUCACCGUGGUUGGGGACGCCAUGAAGAAAUCAAACUCACCCAACUCCCAACCCCAGCCUCCUCAGGCCCCUCCCGCUAAUUUACCUCCUCAGAUUAUCACAGACCUGGCCCCGCCGACACACUUGCCCGUUCCCCUGCAGACGCUGCAGACGCCUGGUCAGGAUGAGGAGUCAAUGCUGGGGGGUAUAAGUCCCCCAAACACGGCACUGAGCGUGGACUCGACACGGAGCGAGGGUGGCCACUUUGACAACAGCGUGCUCCAGCUGCAGGAGCAGGACCAUGAAGAAGCCGGGUCGCCGGCGUCUUGUGAGCACGGCGGGUGUGGCAGUGGGAUGGAUGAGCAGAUGGGAGAAGGGGACUGUCCCAUGGACCACAGUGGAGAGGGGAGACAGAGCCACCCUCAUCACCCUGACGACAUCAAGCUACACUUCCAGAGAGCAGGGCCUGGGUCGGGGGGCUUCUUAGAAGGGCUCUUUGGCUGUCUUCGGCCAGUCUGGAACAUCAUAGGAAAGACAUACUCGACAGAAUACAAGCUACAACAGCAAGACAUGUGGGAGGUCCCGUUUGAGGAGAUUUCGGAGCUACAGUGGCUGGGCAGCGGUGCACAGGGGGCUGUGUUCUUGGGCAAAUUCCGUUCUGAGGAGGUGGCCAUCAAGAAAGUGCGCGAGCAGAAGGAGACUGACAUUAAACACCUGCGCAAACUCAAGCAUCCCAACAUCAUCAGCUUUAAGGGUGUGUGCACUCAGGCACCGUGCUACUGCAUCAUCAUGGAGUACUGUGCCCAGGGCCAGCUGUACGAGGUGCUGAGGGCGGGGAGGAAAGUGACCCCCAGGCUGCUGGUGGACUGGGCCUCAGGCAUCGCCAGCGGCAUGAACUACCUACACCUGCACAAGAUCAUCCACAGAGAUCUUAAGUCUCCCAAUGUUUUGGUCACCCACAAUGACACUGUGAAAAUCUCUGACUUCGGAACAUCCAAAGAGCUCAGUGACAAAAGUACAAAGAUGUCAUUUGCGGGUACAGUGGCCUGGAUGGCCCCAGAAGUGAUAAGAAACGAGCCUGUGUCUGAGAAAGUAGACAUCUGGUCAUUUGGAGUUGUGUUGUGGGAACUGCUGACUGGGGAGAUUCCCUACAAAGAUGUAGACUCCUCAGCCAUCAUUUGGGGUGUCGGCAGCAAUAGUCUUCACCUCCCAGUCCCCUCCACCUGCCCAGAUGGCUUCAAAAUCCUCAUGAAACAAACAUGGCAGGGGAAGCCAAGAAACAGGCCUUCGUUUCGUCAGAUUCUCCUACACCUCGACAUUGCCUCUGCCGACGUCCUUGGAGCUCCUCAGGAGACCUACUUUAAGUCUCAGGCCGAAUGGAGGGAGGAAGUGAAGAAACAUUUCGAGAAGAUCAAAAGUGAAGGGACCUGCAUUCACAGGCUGGACGAGGAGCUGAUCCGACGCAGGAGGGAUGAACUCAGGCAUGCACUGGACAUUCGGGAGCACUAUGAGAGGAAACUGGAGAGAGCCAACAAUCUCUACAUGGAGCUCAGUGCCAUCAUGCUGCAGCUGGAGGUCCGGGAGAAGGAACUGAUGAAGAGAGAGCAGGCAGUGGAGAAAAAAUAUCCUGGGACCUACAAGCGGCACCUGGUCCGACCCAUCGUCAGGUCCAACGCUGUAGAGAAGCUCAUCAAGAAGAAAGGAAGCAUUUCCCACAAACCUGGGAUGCCCCCCACCAAAAGGCCCGACCUGCUUCGUUCUGAUGGCAUCCCCAGCGCUGACCCUCUCCCCUCUCCCUCGCCACUAUCUGCCAGCCCAAAGGUCUCCACGCCUCCUGGUAAAGCCCGCUACCGAAGCAAGCCUCGUCAUCGCCGCGCCAACAGCAAAGGCAGCCACAGCGAGUUCCCCGGGGUGCUGAAGCCUGUUGUUGGGGCUUCAGAAGAUACUCAGUCUCUCCAGGAGCAGUCAUUCCACCAUCACCACCACCACCACCACCACCUACCAAAAGAGGGGCCCUUCCUCCCUUUGAAGGGCCGUGAGGAGGCUGUUGUCAACUGUGCCAACAACCUGCGCUACUUCGGCCCUGCCGCUGCCCUCCGUAGUCCUCAGACAGACCACCUGCAGCGUCACGUUUCCGGCUCCAGCCCCGAUCUCAUUUCCACUACCGUGGUUGCAGACACGCGACAGCGGACUUCAUCCACCAGCUCCAAUCCUGUGCCGGGUGCUGCCGCCGGUUCUCUGUGCCCCUGCUGCCAGGCACACCCCUUCCCUGGGUGCCUACAUUGUCAGGAGACCCUGCCUGCAGCCAGCCACCCAGAGCUGCCCCACUACUCGCUUCUCAGCACCCAAGAAGGGACUCAGUGUUCUUUAGGGGCACCCAGCAAAGAUCCAGCCUCGGAUGGAGAGACCACAAAGACGGCAGAGCCACAGGAACAGGAGGCAUCCCAACACACACAUACCCUGCCCACUGCACUGCCCCACACUAUCAGACCACUCAGGAAGGGUGGAGAUGAGUCAUCUGAAGAGGAAGAGGGAGAAGUGGAUAGUGAAGUGGAGUUUCCAAGGAGACAGAGACCUCAUCGCUGUAUGAGCAGCUUCCAGUCCUACUCCACCUUCAGCUCAGAGAACCUGUCUGUGUCUGAUGGAGAGGAGGGAAACACCAGCGACCACUCCCACAGCGGACCCCUGGAGAGGCUGAGCGCCAGUCAGGAGGAGCACCUGGACGAGCUGCUGUCGCACACACCGGACAUCCCCAUCGACAUCUCCACCCAGUCAGACGGCCUCUCUGACAAGGAGUGCGCUGUCCGCAGGGUCAAGACCCAGAUCUCUUUGGGGAAACUGUGCUCCGAUGAACACAGCUACGAGAAUCCGCUACAGUUUGGAGACUCAGACUGUGAUUCGUCAGAAGCAGAGUGCUCCGAUGCCACCAUUAGAAACAACAAAGUCGGGGCUCCUUCCUCGUGGUGAAUCCUGCCCCAGGGCUCAGUUGUGUUUUUGCCUGGAGGCCAUCGUGUCCCAAUCUGCCCUGCAGAAAAUACAGCAAUAAGAGGACGACAUUGUAAACAUAGCUCCCUAUAGCAAAGUCCCAUGCAAUCUCUCCCAGAGCCUCCCCCAACCCUUCCCUUCAUGAGUCCCCACUCCCCCUCUUCUCUAGCACAGCAUCCAGGCAACCCAUGGCAGGGAUUCCCUUUUGAAUGAUAAUGUACAGUAGAUAGUGUAACAUUCAUAAUUUAUUUUUGUCGGAGUUUUGAAGGAAAAUUCUGGACCUCUGUAUGUUCUCUGAUCCGAACAGAGAAAAAAAAACUGACAUUUUGAAACUGAGCAUGGGCUAACUGUGUGUUGGGGAGAGGCUGAUGACUGGAUGAAGGCAGAGAUGAUGAUGAUGAUGAUGAUGAUGAUGAUGAUGAUGAUGAUGAUGAUGGGAAAGAUGACGUGUUGAAGUGCUGAUCCAUCUGAGGCUGACAGCUGUGGGAAGUUAUAUCAUUGCGAUUGUUGGUCUCUCAGGUGACUGACGCAGACAAUGAGUUUCACUACGACCCUUUUCCUCUGGCUGCAGUCGCUCUAAGCAUCUCACUGUUUUAGACCUAAAAACCCCAACCAACAAGCACUCUUCUCUUACUACAGUUUGACCAACCUGCUUUACCAUGAAUUUACUGCGCAGAGCCCCAGAACCCCGCCUCCUCCGCUUCCAUCCCGCCCCAAACAGGGAACAGGCAACUCAUGGAAACAGCGUGAACACCAGCAUGAAACAACCUGCCUCGCAAUCUGACUUUCUCCCUCCGUAAAACCACUGUAUGUGUCUAGUCAUCAGGACCCCUCCCCCGCUGAACUGUCCAAGCAUGUCUGUGCAGCUCGCAGAAUGCAAACGCUGCCAGAAGACUGCAUGAAGUGGACAAACUAGCAGAGCAACAGAGAUGAAGACUCACCCGACAACUGAGGGGG